AUGGAUUUAAGUAAUAACAGACAAGUUCAUACCGAGAAGCUUACGCUAAUGGGGCUUUCGGGGUUGGCAAUACUGCUACAAGAUCAAGGGAAGUACGAGCAGGCUGAGGAGGUCAUUCAAGGAGCCAUGCCGGCGUACGAGGCGGCGAUGGGAGGGAGUCAUUCCGACACGCUGGCAUGUAUGAGUAACCUGGCCACGGUACUACAAGACCAAGGGAAGUAUGAGCAGGCCGAGGAGGUGAACCGACGUGCGUUGGCAGGAUAUGAGGCGGCGCUAGGAGGGAGUCAUCCCAAGACGCUGGUGUGCAUGAGCAAUCUAGCAACUGUACUACAAGAUCAAGGGAAGCAUGGGCAGGCCGAGGAGGUCAACCGGCACGCGCUGAGAGAGUAUAAGAAGCUGAAGGGAAGUCAUUCGGAACGGCUGGUAAGCUUCCAAGGCACCGGACCACGGCUAAUUGCAAGAAACAUUGUUUAA